AUGGGAGUCCCCAAGCGCACCAAGACCAAGACCCGCAACAAGAUUCGCGACCUCGACCAGGUCAAGGCCGAUCUGCUUUCGCCGAAACACCUUGCCCAGCAUAAGAAGUCGAAAGCUACUGAAGAUCUGCCCGGACUGGGAAAAUGGUACUGCACAGAAUGCGCCAAGUGGUUUGACACCGAGACAAGCUUGGUCUUGCAUCGAAGAUGCAAACCUCACAAGAGAAGAGUGAAGCAGCUGAAGGAGCAGCCAUACACGCAGAAGGAAGCCGAAGCAGCCAUUGGCCUGCGAACUGACAACGAAGGUCCGUCCGUCACUGGCAACAACAUUCUUGUCGAUAACGAAGUUAUCAUGACAACUUGA